AUCAUUACUAAAUACGUUUAUGAACUACUGCAAAAGGAAUGCCACUUGAAGAAAGUAACUCUCCCAGUUGAUGCAACUGAGAGUGAACCAAAGAGCUUUAUCUUUAUGAGUGAAGAUGCAUUAACAAAUCCUGACAAGCUGUUGGUCCUAAUUCACGGUAAUGGUGUUGUCAGAGCAGGUCAGUGGGCUAGGAGACUUAUAAUUAAUGAAGACCUGGACAGUGGCACCCAGAUACCAUAUAUAAAGAGAGCUACUGAGGAGGGCUAUGGAGUAAUAGUAUUGAAUCCCAAUGAGAACUAUAUUGAAGUGGAGAAGACAAAAGCCCAAGUACAGCUGUCUUCUGAUAGCUCAGAUGAACCUGCAGAAAAGAGGGAAAGAAAAGACAAAAUCCAGAAGGAAACAAAGAAGCGACGUGACUUCUAUGAAAAGUAUCGAAAUCCACAAAAAGAAAAAGAAACUAUGCAGAUGUAUAUUAGAGAUAAUGGAUCCCCUGAAGAACAUGCAAUUUAUGUUUGGGACCAUUUUAUUUCCCAGUCAGCUGCAGAGAACGUGUUUUUUGUUGCUCACAGUUAUGGUGGACUUGCCUUUGUAGAGUUG